AUGAUCGUAGCAACUGAGACUAUAGCGGUUCUUUCAUUUUAUCGUGUUUAUGCACCGGGUUCGAAUUAUUCAUUCAUGUAUUCCGUGCCAGCACCAAAAACCUCUCCAUGUAGCCUGUAUAAAGUCAAUGAUACAUUCCUGUAUCUGGUGCAUUAUUAUGCUUCAACACCGAUUUAUAAAAUGAUUCUGUCAGGGAACAGCAGUAACUGGACAUUUGUCCCGCUGCCAAACACGGCCACACCUCAAUAUCCAGUGCAAAUGGCCAUUGACUUCUGUGGACGAAUCUGGUUCGCUAUCUAUGGCUUGGGCGUGAAUAUCUAUGAUCCGACGGGAUCGACACUUCUUGCUACAUGGCCAGUGUCGACUGGAGUCGGCGGGAUUCUAAUGCUGGAUAAUUAUGAAUUAUAUCUGGCUGACUACGACAAUAAUCAAUUGCUGCAUUUCACACCUAAUUUACAAUGUUCACUACCAUAA